UGUUAGAAAACCAUAGUCCAUUUGAGACACACAACAUAUAAACACACAUAUAUAACAUUAUAGAGCUGAAUUAAGGAGAUUGAAAAAAUCACUAUAUUUUUUGUUCUUUGAGAAAGGAAGAUACAAGAUUCAUAUAUAUUUGUUACAAAGCAUGGAACAACAACAACAAAAAACAACAUCAAGAUCAAUGAGCAAAAUCAUGAAGUUUCUACCAAGAGCAACAUCAUCUGUUUCUUUUCAAAACCCUCCACUUUAUAGCCCAAAGAAAGAAAAAAAAUUAUCAGAAAAGACUCACAAUAAAUCCAAUCUUGGUAAAGGCUUUUCUGGCCCUUUGGUCACCCUAGUCGUUCCAUCAGAAAACCGUCGUAAAUUAACCAAAAACGACCCAACGUUCACACUAAAAUUUGAACCUACCUCUCCUAGAGUCUCAUGCAUGGGUCAAGUCAAGUGCAAACACUACCGAAAAGCCGCUGGAGCUAUGGCUAAGAUCAACAACAAACCAACACCUAAUAAAGUGUCACGCGCCACGUCUUAUACGCCCGAAAGAACUUACAACAACAAAGAAAUUAUUGAUCUAGAAAAGGCAGAUAAUCCGGUGGUUGUAAAGAACAAGAAAAAUAAGCUAGGUAAUUUACGUAGCAUAUUUGGAAGUAGUAGAAAAUCGGAUGCAACAAACAACAAGUCCAAAACGGAUAAUUAUAAUUCGGAUGUUAUAAUACCAAAAGGGCCAUGUUUAAGUACAAUGAAAAGAUUUUCAAGUGGGAGAGAUGCGUUUACGAAUUUUGAUUGGACAACACAAGUGGCACCUUUAGAUGAGAAAUUAGAUAGAGGAAGUGAUGAUGAAGUGGAGGUCAAGAUGCCAUCAUCAGCACCUGUGAUAGUGAGAAACAAUAAUAUUGGUGUUUGUGACAACUUUGUUAGAAUUGGUGGUGUGAGUUUAGAGCCAAGAAAAGAGAUUAAUUUGUGGAAGAGAAGAACCAUGGCUCAACCUCAACCUCUUCAAUUGCAUGUUAAUUAAAUUAAUUAAUUAGUCUUUUUUCUUGAACUUUUUGGUAAA